AUGGGUACAGACCAGUGGUCCCUAAAGCAUUUCUUUGUUAUGAAAUAAGCAUGCCAAAUAGAUUUAUGGCAUAUUGAUCCAUGCAGGUGUGCAGGCCGGCAUUCUUAAAAAUGUAUGAAAUAUGGUGUAGUUAUGUGUCCACCACACCCAGCACCCCUUUCCUUCUCCCUCAGAAAAUAGCACUCCCUCCAUCUGCAGUACAUAUAAUUUAAUCAUUUAACAUCAGUGCUGCUGAGGUUUCUUAGCCUACCGGUUAGAGAUGGACAGGGCUGGAACAGACACUGAAUGAUGCUCUGUGGCUCUUGCAGGGAUCAGUUCUUUACACAAUGAUGACACAAUUUGUCUUUCCAGACUCCCGGCUGUUGUCUGGAAUUGCACAACACAUAGGGACGAAUUAUCACUUGUGUAGUGGUUUUCAGAAGUGUAGUCUAUUCAUGUAGUGGUUUUCAAAAUAUUUGUGAGAAUCUGCUUAUGCCUAUUUAUGAGAACCUGUUUGUUAGAUUCUGCCUUGCUGUGUGUGUGUUUGUUUGUUUGUUUGUUUGAGUGUGCGCGCACACACAUGUAUGCAUGUGUGUGAGUGCAUGCAUGUGCCGCUCUGAGAAUAUAUCUUAAUUCCUCGUAAAGGUGUUGUAUUUGUUGACUGAUCUCUCUCUCUCUCUCUCUCUCUCUCUCUCUCUCUCUCUCUCUCUAUCUCUCUCUCCCUCUCUCUCUCCUUCUCUCUCUUCUCUGGUUGACUGAUCCUCUUCUUCUCUAUCUUCCUCCGCUCUGUAUCUCACUCUCUCUCUCUAUCUUCUCCAGGUCUCUUUUCUCCGCUCUUCCUCUCUCGUCUCUCUCUGCUACUCUCUCUAUGAGCAGAACUGCCUCUGAAUUAGAUUCAGAAGGGAAACAGGCUGAGGCUUAAAGCCAAUUUAUGCUUGAUUCGAAAAUGUGGUCGGAGGCUCCGUAUAGAGGGUGUGACGCAAUUACGGAGCGUCCGGUGACAUGCAGAGGCCAAAUUGAGGUCCAUACUGCAUCGUGGUGCGCCUCCCAAAUUUUGUAACAAUGCGGAGGGCUUCAUAUAGCUCUGUAUAGCUCCGCGUUGACAUGAUUGGUUGACGGUAGGUGGGGGCGGGAGAUCCUGUAUAAACACAAACUCACUUCCUUGACAAGAGCUCUGCGCUGCUCCGCGAAGCGCAAGAAGUAUGAAUGCUGAGGCCGUAUCACCGUAAAUGCUGCAUGGCCAAUGCAGACGUCAGAUUGACCCUGCAGCACCUUUAGUUUUAUUUAUUUACAGGCAGCAGACAUUUUAUGUCUGUCAUUGUACUGUUUAUUUUUGUCGUUGGAAUUCAUCUGCGUACGUGUGUGUGACUGUGUGCGCAUUCAUGUGUUUGCGUGCCAUAUUCAUGUCUGUUUGUAUUCAUGUGUGUGUGACUGUGGUUACGGUUGUCAUUAGUGUGUCUUAGUGCUGUCUGUGUGACAUCUGUUGUUGUCUACACUGCUGUAUCUUUGGGAGUUGCACCAAUCCAUUAAAGUCACAGUUUAUGAUUAUUGCUGUUGUCAUUGCAGAAAGGGUGGGUCGUAUUCAUUAGGGCAAAAUGGUUUGCAAAGGAAAACAACGUUUCUUAUUGGACAUGUUCAGGUAGUCCCUUCCGUUUUCAGUCAGUUUUUUUCUGUUCGAUGAAUAUGAUUAUGGUUUACUGAGCUCACAUUGGAGAUGUGCAGUGGCUAACUCACCAGUAGUUAAUAGUUUAUAGCCCACCUACUCCUUCAUCUUGGCUUGUGCGUCAUAGAGUAGAUAUAAUCCUAUUAUAAGCAUGACAUGACACCCAAAUCUAUAUAUAUAUAUAUAUAUCUCAGUUUCCUUUUAGCAUAUUAGCCUAUUCGGCCAACGAAUGCAGUGAGAUUGGAGACGGAGUGAGCUGUCAGUUGUAGUCAGAAGUCACUCAACUUGACUCUAUGUUCAUUCUAACCAGGCUCUGUCUCCUAGACUCCUCCUAGUGUAGCCUAAUAUACACACACACACACACACACACACACACACACACACACACCAUAUCUCCACAGUCCACACUGCUUUGAUUUUGGCUGGCCUUGUGUUGUUGUUUGGCCUGUAUUACGGUCCACGCUGUGUGAGUAAAGCCAUUUGCAAAGAUACCACAGACCUGUGAAAGGCCAACAGGAGGACAGCGGUAGAGAAGAGGGAAGAGGAGGGAGGAUGAAGGGACGAUGGAGGGAGGUUGGGCUAAAGGGAUAAUCGCCUGCCUGUAGUGGUCUGCUUUCUUUAGGAAACUUACGCUUUAGCACCCGCUGAUACACACACAGGCUCAAGCACGGGCAGUUGCCCUCUCUGUCACGUACACACCCGUACACCGUGGGUAGUGUGGGAAAGCGAGGGCUUUCGCUACACUAGUAGCACCGCGCUCUGCCGUGUAGGCUAUAUGCUGAACAUUGCAUGACAGUUGGUGAGCUUUGUAAGCAGACCAUGUCAUGUCAUGCCAUCCCUGCCGCUGCCGCUGUUAUCAUCCCUACCAUCUGUGCCACAAACCGUUUGCUGCUCAGUCAAAACACAUUCACCAUUUAAAAACAGAACAAGCCUAGGGAAACACUGGACUGCUAGUUCGAAAGUAGUGCAAAAAAGGGUACAAAACGUCAUGUGAAAAAGAGGAAGACACUUUCUCACGGUUUAAGCCUAGGGGCUAAAUGUUCCCGUGGUUUUACAUACUAGCAAAGAUUUUACCACAAAAGGGUCUUCGUCAGGCCUUCCACUCUGUGGUCAAAAAUGAAUGCUUCUAAUAAAACUACUGGAUCAUUUAACAGUGGACUGUUCCAUUAUAUAGUGGUCCUCUGUAGCUCAGCUGGUAGAGCACGGCGCUUGUAACGCCAAGGUAGUGGGUUCUAUCCCCGGGACCACCCAAACACAAAAAUGUAUGCACGCAUGACUGUAAGUCGCUUUGGAUAAAAGCGUCUGCUAAAUGGCAUAUUAUUAUUAUUAUUAUUAUUAUUAUUAUUAUUAUUAUAUUAGCCCUCUUUCUCACAGGGACAGUCCCGUGACUGUCUUUGUGGGGUACAGUGCAGAGCAGGGUCAGGCAGGAACCAGGUUCACGGCAGGGUCGUAUCAGUGUCAUUGACUAGCUCAGCUCCAGGGCAGAUUAAGAAAGACACUGGUCGCGUUCCAGCCCGUCGCACUGUGCAAAUGAUCAGAUCUCACAAUGCCUGGAGAAGUGUUUUACAUCUUAGGAACCACAUGAAUAUGAUAUACAUAGUCCGACUGUGUGGAGAUGGGCUGGAACACAACCAACCCCUCACAGAAGACCAUAGCUAAGAAAGAGGACUACACAGACGGGCCCCUAGUCUGUUGGUUCUCACGCUCUCGCUAUUUACUAUUUAUGAGAUUCUAUCAGAUCUAGCCAAGUUCUAAGAGAAUAGGCAUAAACUAGUGUAAGUCAUUUUUUCCCCCAUCUAGGUAGGGUAGACUUUCCCCCGAAUCUCUUGUCGAGACUCUAAGAACAGCAUUUCUAAUAGUGUAGGCUUGGAUUAAGGCAGCGAAAGCUGACCCCAGGCCAUUGCCUAGGAGUAACAUUUAUCUGGACUCUUUAGGGGCAUCUCUUGGACUGAGGAACUGAGGGUGCUUGUUAUUGUAGCCUGAUGUUGAAACUGUUGUUCCAAGGAGUCACAUGAUGAGAAAAAAACAAGCAUGUGAGAAUGGAUCUGCCUACAUCAUUGUUGUUGGGAACAGUGGGGGGUUGGCGGUGUUGGAAACACACACACACACACACACACACACACACACACACGUUGGAUAAGGUGACAGUAUGGAACCCUGAUAAAGAACCAGCAAACACUGAAUGAUUGGGAAUGAUUGAUUUGGGAUUCCCACUGUAAGAUAGUACACACACGCACACACACAGGCGCGCACACACUCACUCACUCACACAAACGCCAAACACUCCCACACAACACAAGUAUGCCAACGAACCCAAAGCAAAAUGACUGAUCCCAGGUCAUGCACAGACUGCAACGAAAUAAAACAGGCAAGACUUUGAAACUCCUGUUUGCACUUGUCCACAUCAGUACAACAUAACCAAUAUGUUAUCUUCCAGUGAACUAGACUUCUUUCCCAAUCAUUUGUUCAUUUGUUCUCUUCAUUCGUAGCUCUUGUUUGUUUGUAAAUCUACUGAAUCCACUCAUUCAGCAAAGCAUGAGUGACCUUGACCAUGCGGCUCUAUUGGCACAGAGGACUUUUAUUGUCUUCUGUCUCGCUGGCUUCUCCACAAUAAUGAGUGGCUUCUUGUUCUCUGCACUCCGCGACACACACCGAGAGACUGUAGAAAGACUGCAGUAGCUAUCUGCUGCUGACUCUGUCUAUUCUGUACCCAUUGUCUGGACUCUCCGACUAGGGGGCUAGAGCUUCGAAAAGCGCCUUCUGUUCUAUGUGAUUGGCUCCCUGAUGCACCAGAAUAUCCUUGACUGUUUCCUUUGUCACGCUGAUGCCAAGGACAGCUAGGACAGAACGCUUCCCCUUUUUCGCCUUCCUUUUCUAUUGGUAGAUUUGCAGCCCUGAAAAUCAUGACCUGUUUUAUCACGCAACUCUGCUGCUUCAGUAGAUUUCCCCUGGCUGGCUGGCUGGCUGGCUGGCUGGCUGGCUGGCUGGCUGGCUGGCUGGCUGGCUGGCUGGCUGGCUGGCUGGCUGGCUGGCUGGCUGGCUGGCUGGCUGGUUGGUUGUACUGUCUCUGGUCUCUCUCUCUCUGGUCGCUGUCUGUCUACCUCUGUGCCUGCCUGCCUGCUUACUUGCUCCUGGGCAGAAAUUUGCCGUCUGUUUUAGCUAGUCAGCGGUGGAAUAAUCUGGUUGCCCAUGUUAAGUAGUGGAAGCGUCAUGAGUCAUACACUACAGUACAUCACAGGGCUCUACGCUGACCUUUUUUACAAGGAUCAUGUGUGCGCCUAAGUAAAACAAUGUAGGUGCACACAAAGGCAUUUAGGAGCACAAUGAAAAAUAUGAGGUAAUAAAGCUAGAAUCCUUCAUUUUUCUAGGCACACUGGUGCUCCUAAAUAAAAAUUCUGGGUCGCACAGCAAAAUAUUUAAGCGCAUAUGCGAGUAAAUUGGGUGAACUGUGGAGCCCUGCAUCAUGUGCUGCAAUACCACAUUGUGCUGUCGGCUUACAUCUGUGUACAUAAAGUGCAUUAUUUAAAGAGUUUAAAGGUCGAAACAUAAGUAAUGUCGCCUCAAAUAAAACGUCUGCAGUGCAUUAUGCCUUUUAUAUGUGUCAUCCGAAUAGUUAGGUUAGUGAUUAUUAUGAUUUUUAUUUACCCCUUUCUUGUUUUUCUAUUUCUGAUCUGUAGGCGUUCAAGGAUAUGCUGUAUUCUGCCCAGGACCAGGCCCCCUCUAUCGAAGGUAAGGUAUGUGUGUGUGCGCGUGUGUGCGUGCACAUGCAGUGUACGUGCAUAUUGCACACUAUUAGGGCACAACCCUGACCCACACGUCCCCCCCAACACACCACUAUUAGGUAACCCUUGGCCUUUCAGUAUCAAACUGCUGCAGAUAGCAAUGCAAUAACGAAGUCAAUCAUCUGCAUUAGAUAGACUAGGAGAGAAAAGAGAGUGGAGGAAAAGAUUGUCGAGCCAGGGAGAGGAAGAAAAGUGCACAAUAAUCAAAUUUCAUCCCUCAAAUACCCCUCUCUCUUUAAAUGAAGCUUCUGUCCAUCAGUCUUUGGUCUAACAUGGAGAAGAAUGACAGAAUGCUUUGCUCAGGCCUUUUUCUACUGUCGCUGGCGUCGUCAUAGCUGUUUUCAGUUUAUUGGACGGCUAAUCCAAUUCUACAGCGUGAUUCUCAGUGAAACGCGUCAUGUUCCUUUGUUAAGAGUUCCCUGUGAUGUCUGCGUGGCAUUGUGGGCUUGAAGACUUAAUCCAGCUUGUUACGUUUGACCAGGCCACAGAGGCUACUCUGUUCCACUCGCCUGUCAACACCUUUGUAAGAGCCUGAAGUCGGUAACACAGUCAAAGCUGGACGGAACUGCAGUACACAUGUAGGUGUAGGAUUGUAUAGUGUAGCUGAUUAGGGUGGAAAGAGUUGGCAUCUAUCAACCUUGAGAUGUGCCUGAAGUUAGACGUAGGCGUUAGGCUAGUGAAAGCUUGAGGGGACCCGAGAAAACAUGUAGGUGGGGGAUUGUACACUGGAGCUUCUCUCAAAGGAUAGAAAGGGUUUACUAUCAAACGUGUGCAUAUCUGUGUGUCAGACCUGGGUUCAAAUACUUCAGCCACCUACCUCGCAAUCCAGGCAGGGGCAAGCAAAUGCUCAAAGUAUUUGAAAGGUUUCAGAUUGUAUUUGAACUUCGGUGUGGUGUGGUGUGGUGUGUGUGUGUAUAGGCCUAUAGUGCCUUCGGAAAGUAUUCAACCCCCUUGUUUUUUUUUCUUAUUUUGUUGUGUUACAAAGUGGGAUGAAAAUUGAUUUGUCAUUUUUUUUUGUCAAUGAUCUACACAAAAUACUCUGUCAAAGUGGGGGGGGGGGGAUGUAACUCCCUUUGUUCGCGAUAUCUACUAAGCUAACAUGUGUUUUAAGAUGGUCAUACCAAGGAUCAUUUAGCUAUUUGAGUUUGAAUUUUAGGACCUAUAUAUAUAUAUAAUAUAUAAUAUAUUAUAUUUUUUUAUAUUGUGACGAGGUGUGAAUGAAGGGUCAGGCGCAGGAGGUUAAAACACCAAAGUCCAGAGUUAUUCCGUUUACAUAAAUCAAACGAACCAGCGUGAAAAUGAAACUAUAACAAGGGAAAGUAUUCCACCUGGCCAAUACAAAUGGAAGAGUAGCUCAACAAGCUACUCGCUCUCACAAUAAACAAUCACUCACAAAAACAAGGGAAACAGGAGGGAACAAAACAUAUCAACUAGGAAUGAGCACAGUUCUCAUUGAACAAGACAAGACAUGACAAUUGUCAUCGAUGUACAAUGAUCGGCAGUACAAUAGAAACGAGAACGAGAACACUGAGGACUUCUUGAAUCGAAUAUUUGAAAAUGGUGGAAAAUAGUAUUGGGAAGCUAAACAAUGAAAAUUGCGCUCUCACCAGACCAGUAACGCAUUGAAACCAUCAUGAAUGGCAAAAGACAGUCAUUAAAGAAAUCCUGAUACUUGUUUUGAUUGAAAUGACCAUAUGUAGGAAAACCUAAAGCAAACUUCUAUGCCACUAUGCAAACCAAACGGUUGUACAUUUAAGGCACCGACAAUGGGUAGCCUCUCCACGCUGCCUGAAGACUGUGCCGUCAUAGAGUAAAUGUUCGUUGAACAUACUAACUGUCGGUGUUUAGGGAACAUCUACCAGACGAGUGUAACACUCCGUCGAUUGGGCUCUUACGCAUGUUGCUCAACCCGUGGGCAAGAUCAAGAUGGUGACAUUAAACUGCCGACACGGGGGACUUAACUGUCGAGUAGUGGAACAAAGUAACUAAAGUUGCUGAACAUCUACCGCCGACGUGGCUGAACAUCUUACAUGUGAGAGUGACACUCCUGUCUGAAGCAGUAACAUGUCAUAUGGUCAGAUGAAACCAAAAUAUAACUUUUUGGUAAAAACUCAACUCGUCGUGUUUGGAGGACAAAGAAUGCUGAGUUGCAUCCAAAGACACCAUACCUACUCUGAAGCAUGGGGGUGGAAACAUCAGGCUUUGGGGCUGUUUUUUCUGCAAAGGGACCAGGACGACUGAUCCGUGUAAAGGAAAGAUGAAUGGGGGCCAUGUAUCGUGAGAUUUUGAGUGAAAACCUCCUUCCAUCACAAGGGGCAUUGAAGAUGAAACGUGGGGCUGGGGGUCUUUCAGCAUGACAAUGAUCGCCAAACACACCCGCCCGGGCACCGAAGGAGUGGCUUCGUAAGAAGCAUUUCAAGUCCUGGAGUGGGCCUAGCCAGUCUCCAGAUCUCAACCCCAUAGAAAAUCUUUGGAGGGAGUUGAAAGUCUGUGUUGCCCAGCGACAGCCCCAAAACAUCACUGCUCUAGAGGAGAUCUGCAUGGGGGAAUGGGCCAAAAUACCAGCAACAGUGUGUGAACACCUUGUGAAGACUUACAGAAAACGUUUGACCUGUGUCAUUGCCAACAAAGGGUAUAUAACAAAGUAUUGAGAAACUUUUGUUAUUGACCAAAUACUUAUUUUCCACCAUCAUUUGCAAAUAAAUUCAUUAAAAAUCCUACAAUGUGAUUUUCUGGAUUUUUUUUUCUCAUUUUGUCUGUCAUAGUUGACGUGUACCUAUGAUGAAAAUUACAGGCCUCUCUCAUCUUUUUAAGUGGGAGAACUUGCACAAUUGGUGGCUGACUAAAUACUUUUUUUCCCCACUGUGUGUGUGUAUAUAUAUAUAUAUAUAUAUAUAUAUAUAUAUAUAUAUAUAUAUAUAUAUAUAUAUAUAUAUAUAUAUAUAUAUAUAUAUAUAUAUAUAUAAUUUUUUUUUUUUUUUUUUUUUUUUUUAUAUAUAUAUUGUGACGAGGUGUGAAUGAAGGAGUCAGGCGCAGGAGGUAAAACACCAAAGUCCAGAGUUUAUUCCGUUUACAUAAAUCAAACGACCCAGCGUGAAAAUGAAACUAUAACAAGGGAAAGUAUUCCACCUUGGCCAAUACAAAUGGAAGAGUAGCUAAACCGAGCUACUCGCUCUCACAAUAAACAAUCACUCACAAAGACAAGGGGAACAGAGGGAACAUACACAUACUAAUUAGGGGAAUGAGCACCAGGUGUGUGUGAUUGACAAGACAAGACAUGACAAAUGGAGUGAUGAGAAUGGGAUCGGCAGUAGCUAGUAAGCCGGUGACGACGAACACCGAAACCUGCCCGAACAAGGAGGGGAGGCAGCCUCGGCGGAAGUCGUGACAUAUAUUGAAUUUGGCCUUUACUGCUAUAGCCAUAGAAACGCAUUGAAUAACACAUUCAUAAAUGGCAAAAGACAGUCAAAAAAGAAAUCCUAAGGAAUAAGGUUUUGAUGUGUCUGUCCUAUAUCUAGGAAAUAUAAGCAAACUUUGGUGAUGGCACUUUUACACCCUAUUCACGUUGUGACAUUUUUAAGGCCCGGCACUGGGUUAGCUUCCGACGACUCCCCUGAAGCCUUUGGCGCGUCAAUAGAAGCUAAUGUUCGUGACAUACUAUACCUGUCGAGUUGGUGACUCUUACCUGUCGAUGUUUGUGAACCUCUUACCUGUCGAUGUGGUGAACAUCUUACCUGUCGAUGUUGGUGACAUCUUCAUGUCGCGUUGGGUGACCUCUUACCUUCUGUGUUGGUGAACUCUUACCUGUCGAUGUUGGGGAACAUCUUACCUGGCCGAUGUUGGUGAACAUCUUACCUGUCGAUGUUGGUGAACAUCUUACCUGUCGAUGUUGGUGAACAUCUUACCUGUCGAUGUUGGUGAACAUCUUACCUGUCGAUGUUGUGAACAUCUUACCUGUCGAUGUUGGUGAACAUCUUACCUGUCGAUGUUGGUGAACAUCUUACCUGUCGAUGUUGGUGAACAUCUUACCUGUCGAUGUUGGUGAACAUCUUACCUGUCGAUGUUGGUGACAUCUUACCUGUCGAUGUUGGUGACUUAUUGUUUAUAGCUCAAACGGUUCAGUCUGGACAGUCGGUUUUGUGAGAAGACAUCUUCGAAAUUAGGACGUGGUCGUCAAUGUUCAGAUGACUGCCGUAAAGCUUGUGAAUGUCGUAGAGCAAAACAAACAACACUGUGAGUGUCUCCUCUUUCACAUGCCCCAUGUUAUGGAAUAGGCGCAAGCUUUAUAUCGGCAGAAAGUGGGGAUUGAGCUGUAGCCACUGAAAGAACUAAGUCUCAAGCAUAAACACACGGGGAGCUAUUCAAUAUUCAAAGUGACGUCACGUCAAAUGGGUUUUAAUGGGUAAGUCUCUUAAGAGCUUUGCACACCAGGAUUGUACAAUAUUUGCCCGUUAUUAUUUUUAAAACUCUUAAAACUCUGUCAAAUUGGUUGUUGAUCAUUGCUAGACAGCCAUUUUCAAGUCUUGCCAUAGAUUUUCAAGCAGAUUUAAAGCAAAACUGUAACUAGGCCACUCAGGAACAUUCAAUGUUGUCUUGGUAAGCCACUCCAGUGUAUAUUUGGCCUUGUGUUUAGGUUAUUGUCCUGCUGUCUCCCAGUGUCUGUUGGAAAGCCGACUGAAUCAGGUUGUCCUCUAGGAUUGGCUCUAUUCGGUUUCUUUUUAUCCUGAAAAACUCCCCAGUCCUUAUCGAUGACAAGCAUACCUAUAACAUGAUGCAGCCACCACUAUGCUUGAAAAUAUGUAGUAGUACUCAGUGAUGUGUUGUGUUGGAUUUGCCCUAAACAUAAUGCUUUGUAUUCAGGACAAAAAGUUAGUUUUUUUUGCUGAAGUUUUACUUUAGUACCUUAUUGCAAUCAUGAUGCAUGUUACAAUCUAUCUGAAAUAUUAAAGCUGAUCUACCCCCUAAAAAAAAAAAAAAAAAAGAAACACGAAUCAUGUUUUGGAAUAUUUUAGGUUAGUACUGUCAUUUUAGGUUAGUAUUGUGGAGUAACUACAAUAUUGUUGAUCCAUCCUCAGUUUUCUCCUAUCACAGCCUUUAAACUCUGUAACUAUGAGAAAUGUAUGCACUCACUAGCUGUAAGUCGCUCUGGAUAAGAGCGUCUGCUAAAUGACUAAAAUGUAAAUGUAACUGUUUUAAAAUCACCAUUGACCUCAUGGUGAAAUCCCUAAGCGGUUUCCUUCCUCUCCAGCAACUGAGUUAGGAAGGACGGCUGUAUCUUUGUAGUAACUCCAAAGCGUAAUUAAUAACAUCACCAUGCUCAAACGUAUGUAUAUUCAGUGUCUGCUUUUGAAAAAUGUUACCCAUCUACCAUUGGGUGCCCUUCUUUGCAAAGAAUUGGAAAACCUCCUUGGUCUUUGUGGUGAGAUAUGUAUUUGAAAUGCACUACUCGACUGAGGGACCUUACAGGUAAUUGUAUGUGUGGGGUCUAGAGAUGGGGUAGUCAUUAAAUAAAAUCAUGUUAACCACUAAUAUUGCACACAGUCCACAGUCCAUGCAACCUAUUAAGUGACUUGUUAAGCACAUUUUUACUCCUGAACUUAUUUAGGCUUGCCAUAACAAAGGGGUUGAAUACUUAUUGACUCAAGACAUUUCAGAUUUACAUUUUUGAUUAAUUUAUAAACAUUUCUAAAAACAUAAUUCCACUUUUUGACAUUAUAGGGUAUUGUGUAGAUCAGUGACACAAAAUCUCAAUUCAGGCUGUAACACAACAAAAUGUGGGGAAAGUCAAGGGGGUUGAAUACUUUCUGAAGACACUGUAUAUCCCUGUGUUUCUUCGGCGCGAAAACAAACACAGAUUCCUGUGUUCAUCUGAGGUCAUAGUUCAACCAUCACUGCCACUGAUAGGAUUGGAGCGAGCCUAUCUCUGGGUCUGUAGGUGCUGUUGCUAUGGCUGGACAGUGGACACAUGGCCUGGAGUGUUGCCCGGGUUGAAACUCAACUCACCAGUGCAUCAGCAAAAAAUCAUUGGGACACUGUUAUGCUCCCAGUGUGUUUACUGUAAUAACAAAAUAGUAACCAACCCUGUGUUAUAUAACCAAGAAGACACCACAGUCCACACACUGUGAGACUCCCAACCAACUGUUUGAUUUUUGUUAACCCUUAGCUCUUUUUUCAGUAGGCCUACCCUUUCCAAACUCACAACUGCAGACUGCAGUCGUCUUUGUUUACAUCACUAUGAUACACCAUAGAUUCAUUCACUACAUGAAUUAGGCCUAAAGGCAUAGUUGUUUCCAAUCAACAGAUGGUAAUAGAACUAUGCGUGAAUUGAUUGUUGUGAUCUCUGCAGCUGUUUGUCAAUGUGUUGUGUGAGUGUGUCAGAGAGAACGGGAGCGAGGAUGUGACCUACCCACGUGUUGUAAAUGACAGUUAUGAAUGGCUGAUGCUUAUGAAUAUGUGUGUGGGUGUGUGUUGAUUAUCUCUGCUGCUGUUUUUGUACCAUUACGUGUGUGCGUGUGUGUGUGUGCCAGAACUGGGUGUAAAUAGCUGUUAUUUGCCAUGGCAGACUGCUGAUAAUCACAGGCCCAUUUUAGGCCAAAUUGAAUGUAAUUGAAAAGUUAAUGAUGGUCCUUGGAAACAGCUGAGGUUUGCAGACUUGUGAGGUUGGUUUUGCCCGUUAAUUUUCACACACAGACAUCAUGAUGUCACUUACUUUACCAGCACUCUCACAAGUCUGACUUCACUGCCACCACCAUCUACCCACUGUGUCAAAACUGUUUUAAGGGUCUUUCUUCAACUCUAGGCCAACAAUAUGUGCACACUACUCAGGCGCUCCUGUGAUUUGUCAGUGUGUCAUCCAGCUGUGUAUCGAUUGGUUGGUGUGUAGGGCCCAGACAGCCUCAGUGACCCAGUUCUGUAGAGCUAUACAGAGAGUUACCCAAACCAGUUAUACAGGGGUUGGCUCACAGUCAAACCAGUACUACACAAACUGCUGGGAUGUGCUAGUGCUGUUGCCAUGCCCUGGGGCAGUUGAUAACCUUAAUCAAACUGGGAGUUCAACUUCCUACACUAUACACUGAGUGUACAAAACAUUAUGAACACCUGCUCUUUCCAUGACAUAGACUGACCAGUCUGAUCCCUUGUUGAUGUCACUUGUUAAAUCCACUUCAAUCAGUGUAGAUGAAGGGGACGAGACAGGUUAAAUAAGGAGUUUUAAGCCUUGAGACAAUUGAGACAUGGAUUGUGUAUGUGUGCCAUUCAGAGGGUGAAUGGGCAAGACAACAUAUUUAAGUGCCUUUGAACGGGGUAUGGUAGUAGGUGCUAGGUGCACCGAUUUGAUUGUGUCAAGAACUGUAAUGCUGCUUGGUUUUUCACACUGACCAGUUUCCUAUGUGUAUCAAGAAUGGUCCACCACCCAAAGGACAUCCAGCCAACUUGACACAACUGUGGGAAGCAUUGGAGUCAACAUGAGCCAGUGUCCCUGUAGAACGCGUUCAACACCUUCUAGAGACCAUGCCCUGAUGAAUUGAGGAUGGUCUGAGGGCAAAAGGGGGGAUGCAACUCAAUAUUAAAAAGGUGUUCUUAAUGUUUUGUUCACUCGGUGUACAUUGAACUUGAUAAACAUCACACCAGAGAAGUGUUUUAUUGGGUGGUAUAUAGCAGAGGUAGCCUGUUAUAUAUAUAUAUAUAUAUGGCCUAAGACAAAGAAAAAACAAGAAAAGGGACAUUGAGGAAAAACUGUCAUUUGGUCCAUGAUUCAGCCACUGUCAGGAUCCCUGUCUGAGAUAAAAUAGCAUAUAUUUUAAUAAAAUGAGCUGUAUUCAGUCUGCAGACUCACAACAACCCCUCUUGGAUAGUCCCCACUCAGAUUUGGUCAUCAUGUGUCACUGUAUAUUGAAACUGGAGUCAUAACACUUUUUCUUUUUUUUAAUACAUUUUCGGGUUGAAAAAAAAAACACUUUCAGUGUAAACUCAAAUGACUGAAACCAGAUAUAAGGUAUGUAGAAAAUAUAAUGGAGCUAUAUACUUUAAAAAUAUAUAUAUAAUCUUUGAAGACUAACUCACCAAAAUAAAAGCUAGACAGUCAGGGAAAAUUGAUUUUGUUAUUAUGUUUGAGCAUUAGAACACAGCAUUAGCCAUGGCAAAAUGCAUGACAUUUUCAUUAAAACUGCAAACAUUUCUCUCAGCUCCAUGGUAAGAUGUGUAGAAUUGCAGGAAAUGUACUUUAAAACUGCAAACAUUUCUCUACACUGCCAAGAUGGGAGGGGGGGCCUUUAAAAUGUUCUUGCCCAUUGCCUCCCCCUGCCACGCCCACCACCUAAGCCCCUUUUUGAUAAAAAAAAUACCUUCCAGUGAUUAUCUUUUGCUGCAAAUGUCUGAAUGCAUGUGUCCUUGCGUGUGUAAUGUAUUCAUGAUACUCGUUCUGCAGAAAGCAGAAGGAUGAGCGUUUUGUUAUGAAUCAAGAGUUUCGCAUCUAAAGCAAGGCUAUUAGGGCAAAUUAAUCCUUUCCUCCCAGAUCCUCCCAGCCUAUCACAUUUCAAGUUCAUAUCAGCGUCUUUGAUCCUACAAAUACAUGAGAUUACAUAGUUUCAAAACCGAUUUCAGGAAUACAAGUCAUCAAGGACUUAAUACAGAGGUCGGUAUUCUCCUUAACUCCAGUUCUACGAGGUCACAGUAUGUGCCUGCUUCUAAUCUAUCCCAGCACAAAUGCACCUGAUAAAACGUACAUGAACCCUACAUGAGCACGUAAGGGGAAGGUAGACUCCUUGAAAUAUUCUUGACACCCACCCAGUCUUUUCCAGACCACAGUCUGGCUGUUCUGACUCACAGAUAGUGCUCAGACACUGAGUCAGAGGCACCUGUCUGGACACGCAUAGCCCUACUGUAAGUGAACCUAAUACUAUAACACUGGGAAUUAUUCGGAACCAACCUGCUGCCCUCUCUCCAAUGGCUCCUCCUGAUGGCCCUCUGAGGUAUUACAGGAGUGAGGCAGCAGCGUAUCGAGGCACAUACUGUACUUUCUUUAAAUGACUUUAGACCAGGGGACCCACUCUCAGUCAAACCGAUGGCCCAGGGACCCCCAUUAUACGUUAGCAAAAAAUACAAAUGAACAUGUCUUAUCUUAUCAUCAGGUGAAUGAUAAUGGCAAGGAGAGAUAAUUAAUAUUUUAAAAUGAAUAGCUUUGGUAGAUUAUUUUUCAUUAUUUUGACCUCCCACAUUAAGUGGAAGUGUAAACUAACUUAGCCUAUUAGCUAGAAGGGUAACUCCAAACACAUUUUGCUAAGAGUAGCUGUUUAGCUGGUUAAACAAAGGUUAGCCAUGUGUUGGCAAACAUUAAUGUCCAAGUUGACAUGUUAUGCUCGACCCACUCAGUUUUCCACCAAAAAAACACCAGAAAAUGGCAAAAAGAGUAGAACCAGCUCACUUGCUUUUACAAAAUGAUUUGACUAUUACAUGUUGAAAGUUUCUUUAAAAAAUAUAUAUAUAUUAAAAGGAAUAGUUUCACCAUAUUAAGAGUUCAGUUCACGUAACAUGGUUGACCUUAAAAUGAGGGACAGGUUUUGAAUCACUAAAUCACAUGAAAUAAAUAAUAAUCUUCAGAAAUGACUUUGUCAAAGCAACAAAAUAACUAGGGCUUUACAAUGAUGGAGAAAACUUGGAGAAAUGUUGUGGUUAAGUGGGUUCAAAUCUUCCUAGAAGUCACAGAGGUUGCACAGAGGACAUGUCAAAAUGCAGAAUUUUGGAACUUUUCUUAAUCUUAUUAUUGGUGUCCUUUAGUAGUGGUUUCUUUGCAGCAAUUUGACUAUGAAGGCCUGAUUCACGCAGUCUCCUCUGAACAGUUGAUGUUGAGAUUUGUAUGUUACUUGUAAAGCAUUUAUUUGGGCUGCAAUCUGUGGUGCAGGUAUCUUUAAUGAACUUAUCCUCUGCAGCAGAGGUAACUCUGGGUCUUCCUUUCCUGUAGCGGUCCUCAUGAGAGCCAGUUUCAUCAUAGCGCUUGAUGGUUUUUGCGACUGCACUUGAAGAAACUUUCAAAGUUCUUGACAUUUUCCGGAUUGACUGACCUUCAUGUCUUAAAGUAAUGAUGGACUGUCGUUUCUCUUUGCUUAUUUGAGCUGUUCUUGCCAUAAUAUGGACUUGGUCUUUUACCAAAUAGGGCUAUCUUCCGUAUACCACCCCUGCCUUGUCACAACACAACUGAUUGGCACAAACGCAUUAAGAAGGAAAGAAAUUCCACAAAUGAACUUUUAACAAGGCACACCUGUUAAUUGAAAUGUAUUCCAGGUGGCUACCUCAUGAAGCUGGUUGAGAGAAUGCCAAGAGUGUGCAAAGCUGUCAAGGCAAAGGGUGGCUACUUUGAAGAAUUUCAAAUAUAAAAUAUAUUUUGAUUUGUUUAACACUUUUUUGGUUACUUUAUGAUUCCAUACGUGUUAUUUCAUAGUUUUGAUGUCUUCACUAUUAUUCUACAAUGUAGAAAAUAGUAAAAAUAAAGAAAAACCCUUGAAUGAGUAGGUGUGUCCAACCUUUUGACUGGAACUGUAUAUAUUUUCGGGGACCCCUGCAGUACCUCCGCAGACCCCCGGUUGAAAACCCCUGCUUUAGACCAGUGUUCCUAGAGAGCUGCUAUGUGUGCAGGCUUUGGUCUCAAGUGUAGCACUAAUUUAAACACCUGAUUCAACUAAUCUACAAGAUGAAUCCAGUGUUUUAGUGCUAGGCUGGGACAAAAGCCUUCACACAUUGUGGGCCUCCAGGAGGACAAGGAGUGAAGAACACUUUGUACAUAUCCAUCAUAUAUGUUCUUCCCAUAGAAAUUGGAACCGUUUCAGUCUCUCACAGCAGUCUAGUGUUCUACCGCUGCUAUGUUCUCUGUAUGAACAUAUUAGCCUUCUAUGAAACAUUAGCUCUCUUUCUUCAAACAUUGCAAAACUGCUUUUCACUUCUAUCAAAACAUUCUCACCCUCUACUGUUUGAACUCUCAAACAUGGCUAGCUGUUCUACAUUCUAAAAGACCUCAGCAGCGCUCAGCAUUAUGAACAUGCUAGAACUGCUGCGGUCUAUUGUCGACACUGUCAAUGUCAUCUGCACCAUUCAUCUCCACCAUGUCAUGCCAUCUGAAUGUGCAGAAUAAGCUAACUUUGAGAGGUUAAGUAAUGACUGUGUAAUGUAUGUACAGAAAACCUGCUCACUACUGAGUCUCACAAUAACCUACCACACCAUCUCUUAGGACAGCCUAUCUCAGUGCAGUCUUAGUGUAGGCAAGACACUAAUAUCAUCAAAAUCAAUAUAUCAUAGCAUGUUUUUGGGCUCAUUCAUUAGAUCUGACCUGAUUUAAGUAGAAUACUGAAAAAUAAUGUAAAAAGUACCAUUAAUAUUACUAAAAUAUACGUUGAAAAUGAUACUGUUGCUGCUUCCUGUUGUCAUGGAUUUUAAAAAUUAUAACAGUGUCAAAACACUGGUUUGAAAUGUCAGAAUUCAUAAUCAAUAUGCUGAAAUAAGUUGACAUAUAUAUAUAUAAAUUACUCCCACACACACACAUGUCACACUUGUGUUCAGAUUACUUGUAUUUAGCAACAUAUUUACCUUAAACUGCUCACGCACCAAUAUUUACCAAGCAGUGACUCUAGACUGAAAUGGAUUAGCUUGUUCUACUGUAAUCAAUAGAGCACACAAAUGAAUCACUCACAUCCAUAUUGUAUUGAAAUCAAUGGAACUGGGACGGCGACAUGUAUCGUUUGCGCUCUUUUAAAAGAAAAACCACAACGAAUUUGGGUAUACUAUAUGUAACUGUGGAUUUCAACGAAUCAUCUCUCCACAGGUAGUUCUAAAUAGUGACAGGGGUUGCUUUCAUUUGAGUGAUGACUGUCAAGUCUGUGUAUUAGUUUGUGGCCAGCGACUUUUAUACAGAGUGCGCCACGAAUUGUCUGUACCAUUUAAGUUUGAAAACGACAAUGGUGUUAAGUCCUGCGACAGACAGGCGCGUAUGACAAAAUCAACGGUACCAAACCAAAUAUAUUCAUCUGAUUUCAAGCAAUCUAUUUAGUGUUGGCGUGAUGACUAUACACGUUUUAUAAUAGCAUCUCCAAUCUGAGGUAAAAAGGAUGUUUAAUUCCACUCAAUUUUGUGGUGAAAAUGCAAGCUUGUGUAAUGUAGUAACACGUUUUGUCCACCAUAUGGAAAUUAGUUUAAUAUAAUAUAAUUCAAUAUGUCAAAGUAGUUCAAUAUUUUCAUAUAUGAUGAUGGUAAAUGUAGCACACUCACACAUUUUUACAAUAAUGACAUAUAUUUCUUCCUACUUUAACCAUGGAGAGAGUUUAGAAAUGCUCCUAAGCACAAUUGAACAAGGCGCUCUAGACUAGAGCGUCCAUAGGGUCAGUGCAGCAGGCUGAACGUUUGACAUCCCUACUUAGGAAUCCAGGCGUUUCACAUGUUUUGAUGUAUUUACGGUAAACAAGGGCUUGCUAAUCAGUUGACUAGAUAGUUAAAUCUGUGCCGUUAGUGUUGGAAUGCAUCAAAUAUGUGAAACGACUGGGUUGAGGCUAUCUUUGGCGAAAGGACCACUGCUCGAUAUCACAGAGGGCAAAAAUAGCAAGGUCUCAAAGACAUUUGCAAACCCCUUGAAAUACGUCAGCUGUAAAAGAGAGAAGAUUAAUAACACCUCGUUUUUCUUGUGCUUCCUCUCUUCUCCUGUCUUUCCAGUCACAGACGAGGACACAGUCAAGAGGUACUACGCCAAGUUUGAGGAGAAGUUCUUUCAGACGUGCGAGAAGGAGCUGGCCAAAAUCAACACAUUCUACUCAGGUAACUGUGCAUGUUGCUGUAUUUCAUGCACCUGAUAUAACCAAACCACCGUUUGUUUCUCUACUUAGCUAGCCUAUUUCUAUGAUUGUACCAAAAAACCAACAGCCCAUUCACAUUGCGUUUAUUAGCAAACAGUCACAUUCUCCUCCACUGUCCACCACAGGUCUAGGCCACUAAAGGCCCAUCUGGUCAGAAGACAAACAUUAAUCCCUUAGGGACUAAUCUUCCUGCCAAUAGUUAGGCAACAGAGACUGAAUCUUGCCAAUAUUAGCACAGAGUGAAUAUUAAGAACAUCCCUGCCAAUAGGUAUAGGCAAUCAGUAGGACAAGACAUUCCCUCUUAGGAGGACAGAGGACGACAAUCCCUCCAUAUAGGCACAAGACGAUUCCUGCCGAAGCAGAAGACGUCCUCACCCUCUCACCUCAUCUCUCACAGCCAUCUGCUUCUGAACCGCAUCGCCUCAACUCUACGCUCAACUACUCUAGCACAUCCACGCCGACAUACGACGACACUACUCUCAAGCUCUCCUCAUCGUCCUGCACCCUCUCUCAACGUCUCUCCUACAAUCCGUCCGCCUGCCUCAACGUCUAUUCGUCUCCUACGACACAUACGCGAGCACUUCGUCGUCGACCCGAUCGCUGCCCUCUGACGUCCGAGCGCUCACCGCAUGCAGGCCACGAUCAUACGGAGAAUCCCACCGUGAACCGCUCUGUUCUCAUCCUCACCCUCUCUCGACCUCUCGAUGCUACGAACACCCGACUCUGAGCGCGCUAGAGUCAAUCCCAACCCAUCUCACGCUCUCUCACCCUCUCCCUCUCACUCCUCAGCUCAUCGUCCUCUCUCUUCUCUCCUCACCCUCUCUCCCUCUUCUCUUCUCCUCUCCUCUCUCCCUCUCUUCUCUCCUCUCCCCUUCUCUUCUCUCCUCACCCUCUCUCCCUCUCUCUCCCCCUCUCCAGAAAAGCUAGCCGAGGCCCAGCGUCGUUUCGCCACUCUGCAGAAUGAGCUGCAGUCUUCGCUGGAUGCCCAGCGGGAGAGCAGCAUGCAGGGCCUCCGUCGCCGCCGCAAGGCCGUCUUCCACCUGUCCCAGCAGGAGCGCUGCAAACACCGCAACAUCAAAGACCUGCAGCUGGCCUUCUCAGAGUUCUACCUCAGCCUCAUCCUGCUGCAGAACUACCAGGUUAGUAGACACUACAUCUUAUACACUACCCCCUAUACACUACAUCUUAUACACUAUCCCUAGACUCUACCCCUAGACACUACCGCUAGAUUCUACCUCAGCCUUAUCCUGCUGCGGAACUACCAAGUUAGUAGACCCUAGGCUUGGGCAGUAUCCAGAUUUUCAUAUCGUCAUACCGUCCUUCUCUCAUCCCGGGAUUUACGGUAUUACCGGCAUAGCACACAAGGGGGUGCUAAAAACACAAGAUAAGGCCAUUGGGCUAACAAAAGUAGCACAAACUAAUAGUGAAAACGAACAAACUAAUUGCAGACAGGCAAAUCCAGCUCAUAAAGUUAUACAAGCAUAGCUAGUAGCUACCAAAUGUCAUUUUCGGUGAGUGUGGACAUUUACAAGUGAAAGUGAACGAGAGAAAUUGUGCAAAUGAACGAAGUUGUGAUGCAUGCUUUUCUGAAGGAAGAGCAGCAUGUGUACAUGGAGCAGAGUGGACAAAAAUGGAGGAGACAAAAUGCUAGUAGGAAGCACAGGGAGAAAAUGGCAGCUGUACAGAACUCACCCAGAGAUCUCUGACUUCUGGCAGAAAGCCAUUAUAGGAUAUCUGAUGGAAAACAUUUAGUAGUGAAUUGCACACAAGUGUAACUUCAUCACCUCAUGUGUGCCGCACAACAGAGACUCGCCGAUAGAUAUAGAACGCUAUGGACUCACCAGCUCUCGCUUUCUCCCGUUGUGCUAUUUACAAACAAACACGUGACUGGCUCAAUUGUUCUGGGGAACUACGGUAAGCUUCAUAAUGUAAAAUAAUGUGACAGGUGAAAUGAAGAACGCAAUCUGCUUUAUCUCCUAAUGUAUUGCACAAGUUGACUGCAGGUAUUAACUUAAAAAGUAGCUACAAAUACAGCCUCAUCCUGCUGCAGAACUACCAAGUUAGGUACCAGCUCCUAAUCACCAAACCCUAGACACUACCACUAACCCUAACCUUGUUGUUCUGUGUCACCUUCUGAUCCAUUGCAACAAGUUUUUGUCCUAAAAAUUCAAUGGGAGACUCCUAUUUAUAACCCUUCAACUGUUUCUCCUCUCCCCAGAAUCUGAACUUCACAGGUUUCCGUAAGAUCUUGAAGAAGCAUGAUAAGAUCCUGGAGACAUCGCGGGGAGCCGACUGGCGUGUGGCCCAUGUGGAGGUGGCCCCCUUCUACACCUGCAAGAAGAUCACGCAGCUCAUCUCUGAGACUGAGGUACUGGACUGGACAGCCAUUUUGUUUUCCCCUCUUAUCAAUGAAAAGCAUUGGGUAGUAUCAAUGUACUAUAAUCCAUACAGUUUUUAUUUUUUUAUUCGCUUAUUAUCUAUUUUACCCCCUUUUUCUCCCCUAUUUUGUGGUAUCUAAUUGGUAGUAGUUACAGUCCCUGUCCCAUCGCUGCAACCCCCGUACGGACACGGGAGAGGCAAAGGUCGAGAGUCGUGCGUCCUCCGAAACACAACCCAACCGUGCCGCACUGCUUCUUGACACAGUGCCCGCUUAACCCAGAAGCCAGCCGCACCAAUGUGUCGGAGGAAACACCGUACACCUGGCGACCGAGUCAGUGUGCACUGCGCACGGCCCGCCACAGGGCUCGCUAUAGCGCGAUGGGACAAGGACAUCCCUGCCGGGCCAAUUGUGUGCCGCCCCAUGGGUCUCCUGGUCGCGGCCCGGCUACGACAGAGCCUGAAUUAUUAGCUUAUUAUCUUGUCUUAACUUUUAGCUGUGACACAAUCUCUUCCUUCCUCGCGCUGCCUCCAUCUCUUUCGCUCCGCCUCCAUCUCUCUCGCUCCGCCUCCAUCUCUCUCGCUCCACCUCCAUCUCUCUCGCUCCGCCUCCAUCUCUCUCGCUCCGCCUCCAUCUCUCUCGCUCCGCCUCCAUCUCUCUCGCUCCGCCUCUCUCGCUCCGUCUCCAUCUCUCUCGCUCCGCCUCCAUCUCUCUCGCUCCGCCUCAUCUCUCUCGCUCCGUCUCCAUCUCUCUCGCUCCGUCUCCGCCUUCUCGCUCCGCCUCAUCUCUCUCGCUCCACCUCCAUCUCUCUCGCUCCGCCUCCAUCUCUCUCGCUCCGCCUCAUCUCUCUCGCUCCGCCUCCAUCUCUCUCGCUCCGCCUCCAUCUCUCUCGCUCCGCCUCCAUCUCUCUCGCUCCGCCUCCAUCUCUCUCGCUCCGUCUCCAUCUCUCUCGCUCCGCCUCCAUCUCUCUCGCUCUGCCUCCAUCUCUCUCGCUCCGUCUCCAUCUCUCUCGCUCCGCCUCCAUCUCUCUCGCUCCGCCUCAUCUCUCUCGCUCCGUCUCCAUCUCUCUCGCUCCGUCUCCGCCUUUCUCGCUCCGCCUCAUCUCUCUCGCUCCACCUCCAUCUCUCUCGCUCCGCCUCCAUCUCUCUCGCUCCGUCUCAUCUCUCUCGCUCUGCCUCCAUCUCUCUCGCUCCACCUCCAUCUCUCUCGCUCCGCCUCCAUCUCUCUCGCUCCGCCUCCAUCUCUCUCGCUCCGUCUCCAUCUCUCUCGCUCCACCUCCAUCUCUCUCGCUCUGCCUCCAUCUCUCUCGCUCUGCCUCCAUCUCUCUCGCUCCGUCUCAUCUCUCUCGCUCCACCUCCAUCUCUCUCGCUCCGCCUCCAUCUCUCUCGCUCCGCCUCCAUCUCUCUCGCUCCGCCUCCAUCUCUCUCGCUCCGUCUCCAUCUCUCUCGCUCCACCUCCAUCUCUCUCGCUCUGCCUCCAUCUCUCUCGCUCUGCCUCCAUCUCUCUCGCUCCGUCUCCAUCUCUCUCGCUCCGCCUCCAUCUCUCUCGCUCCGUCUCCAUCUCUCUCACUCUGUCUCUCUUUCUCUCAGGCCCUGGUAACACAAGAGUUGGAGGGAGGAGACAGACAGAAAGCCAUGAAGAGGCUACGAGUGCCCCCACUGGGUGCUGCACAGCCUGCUCCGGCGUGGACCACCUUUAGGGUCGGCUUGUACUGUGGAGUCUUCCUCGUCCUCAUGGUCACCGUCGUUAUCACAGGUAUGCCCGUCCUCCCUCCUUCCCUCCUUCCCUCCCUCGCUCCCACUGAGGCUGUAACACAGGUUUUAAACCUGGUGGUGUGAAGAGCUUUACCAUGUAAAACGAUUAGCUCGAUAGUGAUUUUUUUUUCCUCCUCAUUCCUACAGGGCUAAGCGCUCUAGUUCAGGAUUUGACAGCUGCGUUAAUGACAGAAAGGUGACGUUAAUGUGUUAUUAAUACAUUAUUAAUGUUUUUUUAACCGUCUUGGCCUCUAGCUGCUGUUGUGAUAGAAAAUGCCAACGUGUGGCCGCUAGUGAGGAUCUACCGCGGCGGCUUCCUGCUGAUCGAGUUCCUCUUCCUGCUGGGUAUCAACACGUACGGCUGGCGCCAGGCGGGGGUCAACCAUGUGCUCAUCUUCGAGCUCAACCCCCGCAACAACCUCUCCCACCAGCACCUCUUUGAGGUAAGAGUUUGGUCCUGUAUGGCUCAGUUGGGAGAGCAUGGUGCUUGCAACAUCAGGAUUUUGGGUUUGAUUCCCGGGGUCAUGACUAAGUCACUUUGGAUAAAAGCGUCUUCUAAAUGGCAUAUAUAUUAGUUCUGUCCUAUAAGUCUGUCGUUGGAUACUGGUUGAGUUUUAUUCAUACAGCUCUGGUUAUUACUUGUACCAAUGUGGCUUUUUAUGCUUAAGCAAUAAGGCCUGAGGGGAUGUGGUAUAUGGCCAAUAUACCACAUCUGUCAGCCAAUCAGCAUUCAGGGAUCGAACCACCCAGUUUAUAAUCACAUUUAGUGUAGUGUUACUGGAUCUUGCUUUUCACAUUAUUAUCAAGUCAUUUGCUUGAAUUAUCUCUCCCUCUUUGUCUCAUAUUUAAACUAGCUUUACAACACAAGUGAACCUCUCUCUCUCUUCCCCUCCACAUAGAUUGCUGGUUUCCUGGGGGUGCUGUGGUGUGUGAGCAUCCUGUCCUGUCUGUUCUCCAAGUCCAUCCUGGUGCCCAUGCAGGCCAACCCCCUCAUCCUCUACGGCUUCUUCUUCCUCUUCCUCAUCAACCCCUUCAAGACCUGCUACUACAAGUCACGCUUCUGGCUCCUCAAACUGCUGGUGAGACGCUCAGAAUGCUGAAGAAGCGUCAAAUGUUAUUGGGCCGCUGAACCUGUCUGAACAUGUGCCUGACAUCAUGAUGGGGGAAAUGGGGACAAUGUAGACAUUUUUAUGUUGCCAAAUGCUUUGUAGUCCUGUGCAUCCUCAGUCAGUAAUAUAUAUCUCUCGCUCUUCCCCUCUCCCUCUCCCUCCCUCUCCUCCAGUUCCGUGUGGUGACAGCCCCGUUCCACAGGGUAGAGUUUGCAGACUUCUGGCUGGCUGACCAGCUCAACUCUCUAGGGGUGGUUCUGAUGGACCUGGAGUACCUCAUCUGUUUCUACAGCUUCGAGCUCGACUGGAAGCAACAGGACGGGCUACUGCGGGACAGUAAGCAACGGAUACACACACAUAUGAGUACACAUGGAUACAUACAAUGCGUACAUAUGUGUAAAUGUACACAUAUAAUUGCGCACACACGCAUACAUACACGCACGGAGACACACACACACAAUAACACACUCCAAGCUCUAUGGAAAAUAAGCUUGUUAGUUUUACUUUCAAUCCGUCAGCUCAACAAUCAGGGCUUUUCUCAUUUCUGAUGGCUACUUUCAGUUCUCUCCUCUCCUUUAUCCCCGUCUCCUCUCUCUGUCUGUAUCUCUCUGUUUCUCACUCACACACAACACACAACCUUAUCCAAACAUACAAAUCUCAGUCAAAACAAACCUACAGGCCAAUCAAGCCCACAUUAAACAUACCCUCAAGACUUUUGUCCAAACAAAGCGAACUUGAGUCCAAACAAACAUAGCCCAGUCACAAACAUAACCUAGUCCAUAGAUGGCUCACUCCAAACACUAUCCAGUCCAAAUAAACAUACACACCACCACCGCCACCUAGCCCUGUUCAAGCACGUUUUAUCCCGUUGAUGUUAUUAUUUGCAUGGGUGUUAAGUGUUGAAGUCAACUCCAUCUUAAACGCAUGUCAAUUGAGUAUAUUGAAUUGCAUUCCAAUAAAUUAAUUAUAUGUCCAAUCCAACAGACGGGAAUUUAAAUGGAACAUAUUCGGCUGAUUUUAUUGGUUGACUGAUAAUGUGUAUUGUGAUGGGUGCUGGUGUUUGUCACUCCUACUCGUAUACCGUGGGCGGGAUUUUAUGGGUUAAUUUAUAAUCAAUGUGUAUUCUGAUAGGUGGAGGUGUGUGUCACUCGUACUCGUACGGCGUGCGGGCAGUGAUCCAGUGUCUGCCGGCCUGGUUCCGCUUUGUGCAGUGCCUGCGGCGUUACCGCGACUCCAAACGGGCCUUCCCUCACCUGGUCAACGCAGGGAAAUACUCCACCACCUUCUUCGUUGUCACCUUCGCUGCACUCUACAGCACCCACAAAGGUAUGGAGAGAAAGUUUAUAGUCUCAUCUUAGACUGGGAUCUAAAUGACAUAUCGUAAGUACAGAAAUGUUUUUGGCCACUACGCCGGUUGACAUGCAUAUAUAUACCAGUGAUUCUCAUAAGAGGAGGGAGGAUCCACAAACAAUGGAACAACAAACAAGGAGAGAUUAGUACUGUAAUAGUAUUGCAAUAUAACGUUUGUAGUUGAUACGUAUGCACUACAUUGAUUAAUUGACCAAACGCUUGAAUCAUUGAUUGAGCAGUUGCUUUGUUGAUUGAUCAGUGAUUGGGUGAUUGACCUUGACCUCUAUGCCUCUCCCCUCCUAGCUGAGGGUCAUGAUGACGCCAAGAUCUUCUUCUACCUGCUGAUUGGCUGUUCAUUAGUCAGUUCUUGUUACACCCUGGUGUGGGACCUGAAGAUGGACUGGGGCCUGUUUGACCGCAAUGCAGGAGAUAACACCAUACUCAGAGAGGAGAUCGUCUACCCCCAGAAAGUUAGUGUACCUUUUUAAAACGGGUCAUAACGACCAAAAUGACAAAUAAAAGUUGCCUAGAGGUAAUCAUCUAUAUACAGUAAUACACACACAAUGUUCAGAAAAACGUAUGCUUCAAAGAGGAACCGAGAGGAUGUAGGGCUGGUCGAUAUGGAAUGAAUUUGAAUGUAUUGUAAUGAAACAGGCAGGGAGCAGGUCUCGAACCCUCAACCUUCUAGGCCAAAGUCCAGCGCGCCAUCGACUGUGCCCCAAAAGCAUGCUCCCGUGGCAGAGUCGAUAUCCGCGCCUUAUAAACCCAGGGUUGUUACAGUAUGUUUUUGCGCGAUAUUCUAAAUGCCUGUAUCUCAAGAAUAACGUUUUUUAGUUUUUAUGAGCGUUUAUGUCCGCUUGUUCUCAUGUUGUCUUUUUGGUCUCGUCUCCUUCGUUCCUUCGGUGCUGUUCACCUUCCCAUUUACACCAGAGAUUUGUAUAUAAUGACAAGAUGCUCAUGUCUCCGCCCUAACAAUGGGAGUCGUUGUCCCAAAGGCGGGAAGGCAGUCGACCAGUUUAGGUCCGAAAUAAGCCCAUAGAAACGCAUUGGGUUUAUUUGUGAAACCUCUCGCUUCGCCUCUUCCUCUCUGUUUACACACACACACCAAGCCCCUCCCCCUGCCACUCGCACAACAAAGAUGAGAGAUCACUUCUUCCUCUCCGACAAGCGGUUUCAACUUGCUAUUUGCGUUUUGAGGUUUGGUCCAACAGAAUCGGUCAUAUGGACACCGAAACACAUUGAGACAUUAUUUUACUAUAAUAGAGGAGACGUUAACCAUUGUAACGAUACCCUUUUUAUGUCUCAACUGCUCAAAAUGCACGCAGAGCAGACACUACUAAAGUGUAUCAAUGAACAUUGAUUCUGGAAAAUGAAUGCUCAGUUUGUUGCGCGUGGCAUUGCAGUACCACUAGCAGCAUUUUAGCCACAGACAGUUAUACUAGCUGUCUAGUCUGUGUUUUAUAAAUGUGCAAUGAGCAUAACAAACUAUUAUAUAAGGAAUUGGCAACUCGUUCUCAUUCUGAGAAAUAAGGUAGGCCACUUGAUUUCAACAUCUGAACAAAGUGGACAGGCUAUCAUGCUGUUCAAACAGUUGGAGACAGACAGAACGGUGUGUUCAUAACAAUUCAACUGUUCUGCCUUGUUAGCAAGCUAAUUGAUCCUUGAAACUUGAAAUACAGUUGAAGUCGGAAGUUUACAUACACUUAGGUUGGAGUCAUUAAAACUCGUUUUUCAACCACUCCACAAAUUUCUUGUUAACAAACUAUAGUUUUGGCAAGUCGGUUAGGACAUGUUCUUUGUGCAUGACACAAGUCAUUUUUCCGACAAUUGUUUACAGACAGAUUAUUUUACUUAUAAUUCACUGUAUCACAAUUCCAGUGGGUCAGAAGUUUACAUACACUAAGAUGACUGUGCCUUUAAACAGCUUGGAAAAUUCCAGAAAAUGAUGUCAUGGCUUUAGAAGCUUCUGAUAGGCUAAUUUACAUAAUUUGAGUCAAUUGGAGGUGUACCUGUGGAUGUAUUUCAAGGCCUACCUUCAAACUCAGUGCCUCUUUGCUUGACAUCAUGGGAAAAUCUAAAGAAAUCAGCCAAGACCUCAGGAAAAAAAAGUCUGGUUUAUCCUUGGGAGCAAUUUCCAAACGCCUGAAGGUACCACGUUCAUCUGUACAAACAAUAGUACGCAAGUAUAAACACCAUGGGACCAUGCAGCCGUCAUACCGCUCAGGAAGGAGACGCGUUCUGUCUCCUAGAGAUGAACGUACUUUGGUGCGAUCAAUCCCAGAACAACAGCAAAGGACCUUGUGAAGAUGCUAGAGGAAACAGGUGCAAAAGUGUCUAUAUCCACAGUAAAACAAGUCCUAUAUCGACAUAACCUGAAAGGCCGCUAAGCAAGGAAGAAGCCACUGCUCCAAAAUCGUCAUAAAAAAGCCAGACUACGGUUUGCAACUGCACAUGUGGACAAAGAUCGCACUUUUUGGAGAAAUGUCCUCUGGUCUGAUGAAACAAAAAUAGAACUGUUUGGCCAUAAUGACCAUCAUUAUGUUUGGAGGAAAAAGGGGAAUGCUUGCAAGCCCAAGAACACCAUCCCAACUGUGAAGCACAAGGGGUGGCAGCAUCAUGCUGUGGGGGUGCUUUGCUGCAGGAUGGACUGGUGCACUUCACAAAAUAGAUUGCAUCAUGAGGAAGGAAAAUUAUGUGGAUAUAUUGAAGCAACAUCUCAAGACAUCAGUCAGGAAGUUAAAGCUUGGUCGCAAAUGGGUCUUCCAAAUGGACAAUGACCCCAAGCAUUCUUCCAAAGUUGUGGCAAAAUGGCUUAAGGACAACAAAGUCAAGGUAUUGGAGUGGCCAUCACAGAGCCCUGACUUCAAUCCUAUAGAAAAUGUGUGGGCAGAACUGAAAAGGCGUGUGCGAGCAAGGAGGCCUACAAACCUGUCUCAGUUACACCAGCUCUGUCAGGAGGAAUGGGCCAAAAUUCACCCAAUUUAUUGUGGGAAGCUUGUGGAAGGCUACCCGAAACGUUUGACCCAAGUUAAACAAUUUAAAGGCAAUGCUACCAAAUACUAAUUGAGUGUAUGUAAACUUCUGAACCACUGGGAAUGUGAUGAAAUAAAUAAAAGCUGAAAUAAAUCAUUCUCUCUACUAUUAUUCUGACAUUGUACACCCUUAAAAUAAAGUGGUGAUCCUAACUGACCUAAGACAGAAUUUCUACUAGGAUUAAAUGUCAGGAAUUGUGAAAAACUGAGUUUAAAUGUAUUUGGCUAAGGUGUAUGUAAACUUCUGACUUCAACUGUAUAGAGAUUAGCUGGCUACUCACUAGCACGUGGGUUUGUGCUAGAGAGAUUAUGAAACCUGUUUUAUAAUGUCUGCUAUACGAAGUUAGUCAUUAUUAGUGAAUGUGCAUUAUACAUGGUUCUGGUAAAUGUGUAACAAAAAGGGCAUUUUCAUAGACUGACUUGAAAGCCAGAUCAGUGAUUAUCGCAAAAAAGCAGGUUAAACUAUUUUGAUAAAACAAUUAAAUUAUUAUGGUUGUGGAAGGCUUACAGUGGGGGAAAAAAAGUAUUUAGUCAGCCACCAAUUGUGCAAGUUCUCCCACUUAAAAAUAUGAGAGGCCUGUAAUUUUCAUCAUAGGUACACGUCAACUAUGACAGACAAAUUGAGAGAAAAAAAUCCAGAAAAUCACAUUGUAGGAUUUUUAAUGAAUUUAAUUGCAAAUUAUGGUGGAAAAUAAGUAUUUGGUCACCUACAAACAAGCAAGAUUUCUGGCUCUCACAGACCUGUAACUUCUUCUUUAAGAGGCUCCUCUGUCCUCCACUCGUUACCUGUAUUAAUAGCACCUGUUUGAACUUUAUCAGUAUAAAAGACACCUGUCCACAACCUCAAACAGUCACACUCCAAACUCCACUAUGGCCAAGACCAAAGAGCUGUCAAAGGACACCAGAAACAAAUUUGUAGACCUGCACCAGGCUGGGAAGACUGAAUCUGCAAUAGGUAAGCAGCUUGGUUUGAAGAAAUCAACUGUGGGAGCAAUUAUUAGGAAAUGGAAGACAUACAAGACCACUGAUAAUCUCCCUCGAUCUGGGGCUCCACGCAAGAUCUCACCCCGUGGGGUCAAAAUGAUCACAAGAACGGUGAGCAAAAAUCCCAGAACCACACGGGGGGACCUAGUGAAUGACCUGCAGAGAGCUGGGACCAAAGUAACAAAGCCUACCAUCAGUAACACACUACGCGGCCAGGGACUCAAAUCCUGCAGUGCCAGACGUGUCCCCCUGCUUAAGCCAGUACAUGUCCAGGCCCGUCUGAAGUUUGCUAGAGUGCAUUUGGAUGAUCCAGAAGAGGAUUGGGAGAAUGUCAUAUGGUCAGAUGAAACCAAAAUAUAACUUUUUGGUAAAAACUCAACUCGUCGUGUUUGGAGGACAAAUAAUGCUGAGUUGCAUCCAAAGAACACCAUACUUACUGUGAAGCAUGGGGGUGGAAACAUCAUGCUUUGGGGCUGUUUUUCUGCAAAGGGACCAGGACGACUGAUCCGUGUAAAGGAAAGAAUGAAUGGGGCCAUGUAUCGUGAGAUUUUGAGUGAAAACCUCCUUCCAUCAGCAAGGGCAUUGAAGAUGAAACGUGGCUGGGUCUUUCAGCAUGACAAUGAUCCCAAACACACCGCCCGGGCAACGAAGGAGUGGCUUCGUAAGAAGCAUUUCAAGGUCCUGGAGUGGCCUAGCCAGUCUCCAGAUCUCAACCCCAUAGAAAAUCUUUGGAGGGAGUUGAAAGUCCGUGUUGCCCAGCGACAGCCCCAAAACAUCACUGCUCUAGAGGAGAUCUGCAUGGAGGAAUGGGCCAAAAUACCAGCAACAGUGUGUGAAAACCUUGUGAAGAUUUACAGAAAAUGUUUGACCUGUGUCAUUGCCAACAAAGGGUAUAUAACAAAGUAUUGAGAAACUUUUGUUAUUGACCAAAUACUUAUUUUCCACCAUAAUUUGCACAUAAAUUCAUUAAAAAUCCUACAAUGUGAUUUUCUGGAUUUUUUUUUUCUCAUUUUGUCUGUCAUAGUUGACGUGUACCUAUGAUGAACAUUACAGGCCUCUCUCAUCUUUUUAAGUGGGAGAACUUGCACAAUUGGUGGCUGACUAAAUACUUUUUUCCCCCACUGUACAUUUAGCCUAGGUGUAAUUUCACAAGCCCUGAAUUCAUUAGAUUAUUGAUGACUGUUUGAAAUACAGUGUAUGUGACUGUUAAUUGUACAACAAAGCUUAUUUAGAGAUAUUAUCGUGAAUCGUUCAUAAGUUAGAAAAAAUCAAGUAUGAUUUUUAGGCCAUAUCGCCCAGCCAUAAGAGAAUGUCUGCUAAUGUAAUAAAUCAUCAUUCAAAUAGUUUCAGGCCUACUAUUUUUAUGUAACUUCAGAAGAUGUUUAUGUGGUUAUGUGAUGAUAAUACACGUGUGUGUGUGUGUGUGUGUGUUCAGGCCUACUACUACUGUGCCAUACUGGAGGAUGUGCUGCUGCGUUUUGCCUGGACGAUACCCCUCUCCCUGAGCACGGUCAGUGGGAUACCCUCAGCUGCAGACAUUAUGGCCACCAUCCUAGCCCCUCUGGAGGUCUUCAGGUGAGAAGACAUUAUUUUAUUCUCUCUCUCUCUCUCGUUCUAUCUUUUCUUUGCAUUCUCUUCCUUUCUUUUUGAAUGAACAUUUCAGUCUAUGCCUACUAUUGUGGUAACCACUAGGUAGAGCCCUUCUCCUGAAGAUUUCAACAGGUGACCAUUUAACCACUAAAUACCUCCCUCAAUGUCAUUUCAUACAUGAAAUUAUGAUGAAACACCUCAACAACAUUUCACUUGAUAUUCUCUUCCUCCCCCUCCCCCUCUCCACUGCAGGCGUUUUGUCUGGAACUUCUUCCGUCUGGAGAACGAGCACCUGAAUAACUGUGGUGAGUUCCGAGCGGUGAGGGACAUCUCAGUGGCUCCACUGAACGCUGACGACCAGACACUGCUGGAGCAGAUGAUGGACCAGGAGGACGGAGUCAGGAACCGCCUGGGCAAGAAAAACUGGAAACGCUCCUACAGCAUGUCCCUGAGAAGGCCGCGCCUCACUUCCCAGUACGGUUAUACAAUUGCUCCACACACACAUAUUGGCAUGCAUGCAUACACACACAAAGCUACAGCAUGUCUCUGAGACAACCGUGCCUCGCUUCCUAGUAUAAUAAUAACACACACAGACUGGACCCCACAUACACCUUAAAUAAAGCGUAUGGCUGUGUUUCCCUCGACUAAUGUUUCCCUCUACUAAACUUUCUCUCUCUCGCACUCCCUCUCAGGACCAAGACCCGGGACACCAAAGUUCUCAUGGAGGACACAGACGAUGACACCUGA